AUGAAGUGUGCUAGGUUCGCUCCACGCACUGUUAACGAAGUCUGCAGAGCAUCUCGAAUAAGCGCUUUCCACGCAUCAUGUCCGUCGCAACGACGGCAUUUUAGGAGCCAAGCGUCUCUCAACGAGAGUCUUCUUACUUACAAGCUCCUGAUUCACGUCGUCCUCGGCGCCGGCGCUGGUACAGCUCUAUACCACGGCUCCAGACACUUACACCUUACAGAACUCCACGCCGAAGCACCCCCUGCCCCCGUCGAAGUCAAGCUCGAAAAGCCCAAGAAGACCAAAGGGCUAUCAAAAGAAGAGAAUCGCGAUACUAUCAGUUCACAGCAUCUCCAAGUGAAGAGGAGCUGGGAAAACCCCGGCGUGUACGCGUGGGGGCUGAAUAGUGGGAAGGUAGCGGCGCCAGAUUCAGACGAGGCACUGAUAAAGCAGCCGAGGAGGAUACUGUUCUUUGACGGGUUGUUGCUACGGGACAUAAAGCUGGAUAGGAAUUUUGGUGUUGCUGUCACUGAAAAAGGGGAUUUGCUACAAUGGGGUACUGGGUUCUCGAAAGAUAUCAGGCAGCCUACGCAUACAUUGACUGGGAAAGGGUUGACGGCUGUGACGAUCUCUAAGGAUAGAAUUAUAGCAUUGGCGUCGAAUGGGAAGGUCUAUUCUUUGCCUGUGUCGCAGGAGGAUCAGGCCAAGGGCGCUAAACCUAUGGAAAGUUCGUGGAUGCCCUUUUGGAGCUCGCGAGCGAAUGUCAGCUAUCGUUUGUUACAGCCACAGAAUAUGGGAUGGGGCGAGAAAGUCUCUUCGAUCAGCUCUGGUCUCGAACACGUCCUUCUCCUUACCUCCAAUGGCCGCCUUUUCAGUGCUGCUUCCAGCAGUGAAGAGUUCCCAGCGAGGGGUGAGAUGGGUGUUCCAGGCUUAUCCUGGACUACUCGACCGCCUGGCCCGUAUGAUCAACCACACGAAAUCACCACUCUUCGCGGUUUCGAAAUUACAGCUAUCGCAACAGGGGACUUUCACUCUCUAGCACUAGACAAGGAGGGUCGCGCUUUUGCCUUUGGUGACAAUAGCUCUGGACAACUCGGCUUUGAUCCUAGCGGAGAGUCUCCAUAUAUUGAUGCUCCCUCUCUUUUGCCAAUAUCAAGACUUUAUUCUGGUACCAACCUUUCACCUCGCGUGACUUCCGUCUCCGCUGGUGGUUCAAACUCGUUCUUCACAGUGGAUGCGACUCGAGUUGCUCAACCUGGCGAAGCUUCCGCUGCCAAAGUUGGCCUUGGCCGCAUCACGGCUGACACCUGGGCUAGCGGUCAAGGUAUUCUCGGAACUCUUGGCACUGGCCGCUGGACGCACAUCCAAGGCACGCCGACGAAGCUUAAGGCGCUCAGUGGUCUUUUUGAAUUUGAUGAAAGCAACAACACGGUCGUUCCCAUUCGGCUGAAGCGUCUUUCCGUCGGCAGCACACAUGCCAGCGCAACAAUGGAUAACGUGACGCAUGUUAAAGCUGGUACUUCUUCGUCCACAAACUCUCGCAAUGAUACCAAUUGGGGUGCUGAUGUGCUUUGGUGGGGCGGAAACGAGAACUAUCAGCUUGGAAUGGGGAAGAGGAAUAAUAUUGCUUUGCCAGGAUAUAUGGCGCCUCUGGACGCUGCUGCGGAAAAGGCUGUGGGGAAGCGGAGGGAGGAACAUCGCUUUCAAAUCACCCCACGUCACAAGGUCGAUGUCAAUGGGCGCAAAGUGAGUAUGGAGCAGAGAGUUGAGUGUGGGAGGAUGGUGAGCGCUGUGUAUUCUGGAGUUUAG